AGACUUCAUAAUAGUCCGCCUCGCUUCUCACGAACACCUCCGACAACUAAUCCUCCUGCUUGUCUUUCCUGUGAGGGAAAUCGCUGGUCAUAUCUUCUGCGGUAUACCUUUCGUUUCUUUUGGUUUGGUUAGGUCCUGUGACUCCCUUUGAAGCUGAGUACCGCGACUUGUUCUAUCUGCUUCUCCUUCAUUGGCACCAACAGAUCUUGGGAAGCGCACGCUCGAGUGAUUUGCACCCCUCCUCGGAACCCGUCUGUCGCAUUGCGGUUUUACGUCUCGUUUUUAACUCACAUCUCAUUAAGUGUCCAUACUGGUUUCGCAGCAGCCCAGUCUGGCCAAACAAAGAGGGAUAUCGAUACGGCGCCCUUAGUUCGCACCACGUAUUUCUUGUGUUUAUCUGAUACGAAGGCCAUGGUCUCGUAAUUCCGUUGCACUGAGCAUUUAAGCAGGAACAUGGCAUCCGAAGAACCGGUCACGCAGCCAUUGCGCAUUUCCAAGAACGCACCAACCCCAGUCAAGAGUAGCAUACCACGCCCACUAUCCGAAAUUCCAGUCACAGAGAAGAGGCGCAACUCGCCCAGCUGGACUCAGCCAACCAAGAAAAUGGGCGCAAAUACGGAUUCCUCUCCAUUCCAGUCCUCGCCGUUUGACACCACGGCCUCGCCUCGCCUCUUUUGGCAAAAUCGCAACACAACCAAGCAGAACGAAAACGAUCUCUAUGCCGGCCGCACUGGCUCGCCCUCGCCCACGCGGCGCUCGUCCAUUGAACGCCUGCAGAAGGCGUCACGUGUCAAGAACAGCACCAUGUUUGCACGUGAGCAGAAGCAAGAAUACGACCCUACCCGUACACCUGUCGUUGAACGGCCGCUUGCCAAAGUCCAAGGCAAUGCCUACGGUGGCACUGGCAUCACCGGCUUUCGAGCCGGGCAUGGCCGAAGUGAAAGCCAGAACAGCAUCCCGACACUGUAUAGUCCAUCCAGAUUCGACUCCAGCCCGAAGCCCAAUUUCUCUGCCCCUCCGAGUCCAAGUAAGGAGCAGAUGUCGCCCAUGAAAUCGUCACUGUCCCAAUCUCGUUUCAAGAGCAGCUAUGAUUCGCAUCCCGGCGAUUUGUCCCUCGACAACGCCUUCGAGAGCGAGUUGGAGGAUCAUGAGCUUCCUCAGGGCAGAUUCCUCAACCGAAGCAUGAAGAGCGUCACAUUCGACAAUGCGCCCCCGCAGGUCAAUGAAUACGAAAUGGCCACACCCGAUAUCUCUUCAAUCGACUCCAAUUCGCGUGAGGGGAGCUAUGAAUCGGAGGACGAAGACGACGACGGGUUCGAGCAUUACCGACACAGUCACGACGGAGACCUCCACGAGGACAGCUUUGACGCAACCCUCGAGGACACGGACAAGACACCUGUCGUAGGCCCGGAUGAUGACUGGCGCCGAGAUCUUGACCGGUUUGACAGCAGUCCCAUGCCAGAAGCAACUCCAUCGACGCCGCAACAUGCUUCUCCACGGCCACAACACAUCCGCACCGACUCAUGCACUUCAUCUGGGGAGCACCGUCCGCUACCACCUCUGCCUGGUAUGGGCCAUCAGCGAACGCAGUCAGGCUCCUCCGCCGGCCUCUCGGCAACCGCUGAACGCAUGCUUGGUUCUCCCCGCCGAGGGUUGCCAUCCCCUCCACCUGCACUGGUUAGCAAAUCCGAGAUGCAGAAUAUUGGCAACGGCAAGAUGUCGCUUGAGGAACGUUUGAAGCUCAUGAUGCUUUCUGACGAGACAAGCCCGAAGGGAGCUGACCAACCGGCAAAGACAUUCGCUGAACAACAGCGCGAGCGUCGCAUGAGGCGUGCUGGUGCUCGUGAUAGAGUCGGGAGCCCCACACCUGAACGUGAUGCCACAGAGUCUGAGGCAGGUGAAGAAGAUGACACGGUAGGGGACAUCUCGGGACUCGACAUAGAUUAUCAGCUUCCCAGCAUUUCCCGCCAAUCGAUUCUCAACCGCGUCAACGGCAGCAAUGCCCCAGAGCGGGAAUCCGACUACAACUUCAACUCUUCUCCCGCUCCUUCCAGCCCUGAGCGAACCAUGUCCUAUGACCCAGAUGUUCCAAUCGCUAGCAUCGAGGACUCGGUCCUUGAUGACAUUGAAGAGCAGAGUGAGCCAAGCGUCAUCAUUGACAACGGUGACGACAAGGAGAGCGAUGUCCUCGACCUUUACCAGCGAUCUGAGGAUGAUAGCUCAGAGGCGGAGUCAGACACCCAAGAUGAUGAUAGUGACAGUCAUUACUCAGACGAGAUCCCAAAGGCCGAUGCCGAGCCGCAACAGCCAGAAGAGGACACAGUUACCACUCCACGGGCUACCACACCGGCACAGGUAGAAGCAAUUACAAACUUUAGCGCUACUCUGCCGCAGGUAAAUCAGAGCGCUAAAGAAUCGGAUUUCACCCGCAGCCUCCAAUCCUUCAUGCUCCCCAAACCAAGAGAUCCCGAUGUUUUAGAGCAUGUCGAAAGUCAUAAGAUGGCCGAUACCCACGAUUAUCUGCAACGACCCCAAACACCGGAGCAUAAAAAGCCAAAGCCCGGGUUAUACGACGGUUCCGGAUGGGGCGACUCAGAAGAUGAGGACGAAGAGGAACCUGGCACUCCGGAAUCUGUGAUUCACCAUCCCGUCUCGGAUGAUGAGGAGCUAGAGGAGCUAGAGGAGCUAGAGGAACUGGAAGAGGAGGAGGAGGAGGAGGAGGGUGACGGAGAGGUUGAUGAAGAGGAGGCUGGCGUCGAGACGAUCGAAGAGGAGGUUGGCUUCGAGACGAUUGCGGAAGAGGAAGAAGCGCUCGAGUCUCCAGCCAUCCCAGAACGUCAGGCCACUAUCAAGGCCUCUGGUUCUAAGCUCAAGACCCGUCCUUCCGCCACCCCAUCUGACAUUGCAUCAAUGCGCGAAGCCCGCCGACAUGUGAGCCGCGAGGUCCCGCCAUUCCCUGAUAUUCCUCCCAUCCCAGAGAGACAUCGCAACCGAAUUUCGCGGGACUUCCUGGACGUGGAAUUACCAGUUGAUGGCAACGGAGACGAAUAUGUAGACCGCCAUCCCAGCUUUAAGAAGCGCAGCCUGACACUGGAUCUUGAUCUGGGUCUCAGUCUUGAUCAGGACUUCGAGCGAGUCAUCGAGGCACAAAAGCGCGGAUACCUCAUGCGCCAAAACACCAAGGUCGUCACGGCCACCGACAAGCCCUCCGACGAGAACAUUAGAGACUCGACGCGAUCCGCAGGCAAUUCGCCCGUGAAGCAAACGGCGAGACCGCAAUCUUGGACGGUAGAGCCCUGGAAUGGUAAGCCCAGGCAACGCAGCAUCAGGAAACGCCAUGGACCUAGCAUGAGUGGGCCGGUUCCGCCAAUGCCCGGCCAGGAGAGCAACGCCGCCGCUCUCAACCCCUUGGCUGAGGAAGAGGCGCAGCCAGAGCUAGCCACUGAAGAAUGUGGUGAGAGGGGAAGGCUCUUCGUGAAGGUGAUGGGUGUCAAGGAUCUUGACCUGCCUCUGCCCAAAAACGAGCGAACUUGGUUCAGCCUCACCCUUGACAAUGGCGUUCAUUGCGUGACUACUGCUUGGCUGGAGUUGGCGCGUAAUGCACCUAUCGGGCAGGAAUUUGAAUUGGUUGUGCCCAAUGAUCUUGAGUUCCAGUUGACUCUCAAUGUCAAGUUGGAGAGACCCGAGCCGCAGCGUUUGCCGGCUUCGCCAACUAAGAUGACAAAGCCCAAGACCUCUACAUUCUCCCGUGUCUUUGCCAGCCCGAAGAAACGAAAGGAGAUGGAGGCUCGCAUGCGCGCCGAAGAGGAGGCGUACGCGCAGGCUCAACGCGACGCCGUAACGAGGCAGAGGAAUAUCGCACCCACUGCUUGGGACCUACUAUCUCCUCUUGCUGCCGAUGAUGGAAGCUUCGCACGAUCUUAUGUCUGCCUCAAGGAGCAUGAAAGUCGAUGCUAUGGUAGACCCUACAUGGCCGAGAUUGCUUGCUUCAAUGAGUGGGCUACUGAGGACGCCGGAUUUGCCAGCAGUGUAAAGAGCAAGCGUGCUGGAAAUGGCAACUCCGUAGUCCGCAAGGCACCGUACAAAGUUGGCAAGCUCGAAAUGCAGCUUCUGUUUAUUCCUCGCCCAAAGGGCUCGGCCGACGACGAUAUGCCAAAGAGCAUGAACUCAUGUAUUCGUGAGCUCAAGGCUGCGGAGGAGAGAUUGAGCCAGAGUUUCGAAGGCCACCUGAGUCAGCAAGGUGGUGAUUGUCCUUACUGGCGUCGCCGCUACUUCAAGCUUGUAGGCACCAAGCUCACCGCUUACCAUGAGGCAACUCGCCAGCCCCGUGCUACCAUCAAUCUGUCAAACGCAAAGAGAGUCAUUGAUGACCGUCGCAAGUUGACGGAGCCCAGCACUGGCCGUGAUGGCAAACGUCGCCGCUCUGCCUUUGCUGAGGAAGAGGAGGGCUACAUGUUCGUGGAAGAGGGUUUCCGCAUCCGCUUCAACAACGGUGAAUGUAUCGACUUCUACGCCGACACAGCCGAGGAGAAGGACAGCUGGCUGCAGGUUCUCGGUGAUGUCGUUGGUCUUGAGGGACACGAAGUUGACCCCGGAGCUAAUGGCGGCCGAAAGAAGUGGUGUGAGCUCGUCCUUAAGCGGGAAGAGGCGCUCCGUAAGAGGGCACAGGGCCGUCGGUCACACUCAAGGACAAAGAGCAUGAUCAUAUAAGAGUGCUGAUUCGAGACUGAAGAUACCGACUCUCGAUCGGAUUCCCAUUGGGUCAAAUGAGGAAUAUAUCACGAGACAUGGGGCCAUGAUCCACGACCGGACCUGAGGCGCAAUAACGACGCGGCGUUUCCUGGGUUCCCAGUCUUCCGCUUCUUGGCUGGCCACCACUUCCACAGCCCAUUAAUCCCCCUUCUUUACACUCUGUGCUUCUUUGUCCGGUUACAAGAAGUGCUAAUUGUUCUAUAAUUUGUGUCUACAUUGGGAAGCCUGCUGAGAUAAAAGUUGUUAAUUAUGCAUCGACUUCAGCAUACAUUUCACAUUCGUACAGUUGUGGGGAGGAAUAGGAGGCCAUGGCCUAACGACGGAAGCAGACAGCGAGAACUUCUUUUAUGUGCACUAUGGAUACUGGCGGAGUUCAGGAUUGGCCUGUUUCUACUUUGAUGUUUUACGUAUUGUACGGAGUAUAAUAAAUGACAUGA